GUCGAGUGGCCCAGCUGUGCGCGGGCCGACUCGCGCGCGCUAUGACGAGCGUCUUUAACAACCUGCGCCUGGCGGGUUAUGGCGGCGUCGGCUCGCUGAGCGUCGGCGAGGAGAUCAAGUGGUUCAACAAGCAGGAGGGCAAGAGCAAGAAGGUCAAGGCGGCGGAGGUGUCGCGCGCGUCCUGGUCGACCUUCGGCAAGCACGGCUGCGCGACGCUCUUCGGCGCCGACGGGUCGGAGCUGCUCAAGCUCGACGGCUUCGCGCGGCGCGACCAGGAGACGCUCGGCGGCGCGCUCAAGGACCAGGGCGUCGCGCUGAGCGACGUCGAGUUCUGCUCGUCGGGCGUGAACCGGGGCAAGCACAGCUUCGAGGACGGCCAGCGUUUGGUAGUUCACCAGACGGCGCCCGGCGAGGGCAAGGAGCCGAAGCGCUUGUUCGACAUCGACCUGUCCAAGGUGAGCCAGUGCGUGCUGCCCGCGGGCGUCGGCAAGCAGGCCGGCGAGCAGAAGGAGGUGACCAUGCAGUUCGACGACAAGGCCGCGCCCGACGACCACCAGCUCGUCGAACUUCGCCUCUACAUCCCGCCGGGGUCGCGGUCCUACGCGGAGGACGAGGAGGAGGACGACGACGACGCGGGCGAGGCCGCGCGCGUCCACGCGAAGAUCAUGGAGUACUCGAAGCUCACGUCCGUGACGGGCACGCAGCUCGCGCAGUUCGGCGCCGAGGACGGCGCGUUCCUCCUCCCGCGCGGCCGCUACGCCGUCGAGAUGUACGGCGACUUCUUCCGCAUGCACGGCAACAUGUACGACUACAAGAUCAACUUCGCCGACGUCGAGCGCUUCAUCCUGCUGCCGCGGACCGACGACGUGCACUACGCGUUCAUCAUCGCGCUCGACAAGCCCAUCCGCCAGGGCCAGCAGCGCUACGGCCACCUCGUCUGGCAGCUCAAGAAGGGCGACAAGGCCAUCACCGUGAAUUUGAGCGAGGCCGAGCUCUCCGAGCGCUACGGCGCGGGCUCGGGGCUCAAGCCCGAGCUCGCGGGACCGCUCUACCAGCUCGUCGCGCGCGUCUUCAAGGUCCUCAGCGGCAAGAAGGUCUUCACCACCGGCAAGUUCCGGUCCAACGACGACCGCCACGCCGUCAACUGCUCCGUCAAGGCGUCGACGGGCCAGCUCUACCCGCUUGAGCGGUCCUUCGUCUUCGUCCACAAGCCCACGCUCGUGCUCCGCUUCGAGGACGUCGCCUCCGUCGAGUUCGAGCGCUUCUCGGGCUACGGCCAGGGCUCGGCGACGAAGAACUUCGACCUCAAGGUCUCCAUGCGCUCCGUCGGCGGCGACCCGCCGAAGGACCACUCCUUCACGUCCAUCGAGCGCGCCGAGUACAAGCCCCUCCUCGAGUUCCUCACGUCCAAGGGCCUCAAGAUCCGCAACCUCCAGGAGACGGCCGCGCGCGCGACGAACGCCGCCAAGGAGGCGCUCGGCAUCGGCUCCGACGACGACGACGACGACGACGCGGCCCCCGCGGCGCGCGGCGGCGACUCCAACGACGAGGACUCGCCCGACGAGGACUACGAGGACGCCGGCGCGCCCGCGAGCGACGACGACGACGACGACGACGACGACGACGGCGACGGCGACGGCUCCGACGACGACGAGGCGCCCAAGAUCGCGAAGAAGCCCAAGAAGGAGGCCGCCGCGGAGCCCAAGCCCAAGAAGCGCAAGGCCGAGCCCAAGAAGGAGAAGGCCGAGCCCAAGAAGAAGCGCAAGAAGAAGGACCCCAACGCGCCCAAGGGCAAGUCGUCGGCCUACAUCAUGUUCGGCAACGCGAAGCGCGCCGAGGUCAAGGAGCAGCACCCGGACUUCUCCCUCGGCGACAUCGGCCGCGAGCUCGGCAAGCGCUGGAAGGAGCUCACCGACGACGACAAGAAGCCCUACGUCGACCUCGCGACCGCGGACGCGGAGCGCUACGACCGCGAGAUGGCGGCCUACAAGGCCAAGCAGCAGGCCGAGGGCGCGGGCGGCGACGACGACAGCGACGACGAGUGAGCGGCCGGGGAGACGCCGCGCGGCGCGGCGGCCUAAGAUUCGCGCGCC